AUGCGGAAGAGGUACCUGGGGGAGGUGUAUCAAGGCACGCUGGGCGCGGGGAGUGAUGUGAUGGUGGUGCAGCAGAGUGGGAGUGGCGAGGAGUGGGUGAAUCAGACCGUUGCCGAGGCACUUGCCCAGAUGAGGAGUGCUCCAUCGGACAUGACUACAAUGCAGCUCCUCACCUUUCUUCUGUGUCCCCACUCUCUACACCCCCCCUUGCCCUCACGCUGCCUCCCUCCAGGUGCACCAUCCGGACCUGACAACAAUGCUACGGAGGUGCGUGCUCGGAUGGUGGAAGGCAUGGCGAAGGGGCUGCACCUCUAUGCCGCUCCAGAGCGUCUUGCCUCCUCCCCCACCAAGCCCCGCAGCCCCUUUGCCUCCUCCUCCCCUCCAGCCGCUGCUACAGUCGUGACUGCUACAGCUGGCAAGGGGCAGGGGGGCAUGGAGGCGGCAGACGUGUUUGCGUUCAAGGUGGUGGUCCUUUCUCCUGCUCUUUCUUCUUCCCUACACUGUCCCCCCUCCUGCCCCCUCCACCUGCUCCUUUGCUCCAUCCUUUUCCCUACUCCACCCUGCCUGUUCCUCCCCUCUCUGCCCCACAUCUUCUCCCCUUGUUCCCUCAUCCACCCACCCAUUUCCCUCAUAACCUCCCCUCUAUCCGACCGCUCUCCUCCGUGGCCUGGCCUCUCCUCCCCUCUACACCACGUCCCAAACAGCAGGCACGGCAGAAGCUGUGGGUGGCGGGACAACCUGGCAGCGCUGGUGGACCCACAGCUUGCAGACGAGUUCAACCCUCACGAGGUGCACUCAGUGAAUCCCGAUUCCCGUCCAAGAGACCCACAAUGGAACAGGUUAGUGGCAGCGGAUUGUAGAUGA